AUGGCUCAGCUAAAGUCAUCAACACAGGUGGCCAAUUCCAGUGCUCAGAGCUUUUCGCCCUUGUCUUCCCCACAGUUGGGAAUGCGCCUUACAGCAGAGUUCAAUCCCGGAGAAAAUGACAGCGUUUUUGAAAAAUCACCAUGUAUUUCCUUUGACGACGAACACAGGGAAGAAUCUAAGCCACAAACAAUAUUACAGGUUCGUGAAAGACAGAAAUGGAGAAAAAUGGCGCUAGCAGUGACUAUGACGAGAUUAUUGGUGUCUGUGAUUUUUGCGGGGGCAUCUUUCUUCCUCUCAGCCACUAUGAACAGUUCAUCUGUCCUCGCCACAGCUCUAGACACAACGCUCACCGUACUCACAUGUUUUGUUUUAGCGUGGAGAUUUCAUGAAGAAACGAACGCCAAAAUCGCUCCUAAGAAAGAAAAGCAUGGAUCCAUUGCCUUUGGAAUAGCAUUCAUCGUAGACGCGCUGAUAGUAAUAGCAGUUUCAGUGAAGCACCUGACUGAUAAAACCAAACCAGAUGGAGCCAGCAUAAUGUGGCCAUGUCUACUGGCGUUUUGUUUUGUCUAUUGCUUACUGGCCGGGGCGGAAUUCUGGAUAUCUUCGAAGCUUAAGAGCUCUAUCCUUAUAGCCCUGAGUAUAGAUGAUGGGCUUACAGGAGGGUUUAUGUUCGCUCUUUCUGUGAAUGAAUUCAUUGAAUGUAAACUUCCAAACUUGUGGUAUUUGGAUCAUUCCGCGGCGAUUGCUGUUUCACUCAUGCUGUUAUAUUGCGGUAUCAAAAUUCUUGUGGAGAUAUUUGUCUACAAGAAACUUCCUUUCCAAAUUUUCAAUUCAUGA